AUGGACGUAUACCACGAAGAGGUCGAUCCGCAUGGGCUAGAUAUCCAUGUGGCUGAUUUAGAUUUAUCUUCUUUACUAGCCACCCCAGAUGAAUUCUCCAACGAUUCAUCCUCCCCAUUUCUUGGGGCCAUGCCCUUCGAACAGAUGCCUUCCGAGAGUGUCUUGUGGCCCACUUGUUUCGUAGGGUCCCCUGUCAAGGAUCAUAUUUCAUAUGACGAAUUCUUCAGUGUGGAGGAUGUCUUUGAAGGGACGGAGGAGACUUCAGGCAGUUCUGUGUUUCAAAAUGAGCCUUUCAAUGAAGGGAGCUUGAGCUUAUCAACGAAAUCCAGUGGAACGGUUGCAGAAGAGACUUCAUAUCAUCCUCCGCUGGUCUUGCCAAGCGAAGAAAUGGAGAUCGAUGAUGAAGUAGGCAUUCUUCAUCUACAUAAGGCGCAUGGAGAGGCCGUUGAGAAGGGGUUUGUCGAGCUGGCGGAGGUGAUCUCAAGGCGAAUAAGCGAGAAGGUCGGCCCGCUGGGGACGAUCAUGGAGCGUGUGGGUCACUACUUAUAUCAAGGGGAGGACAAGCAAGCUGAUUACUUAAAACUAGAGUCAAGCAAGAAUUACAACGCGGCGUUCCGAGCAUUCUAUGAUGUAUGCCCACAUGGGAGGUUUGCCCACUUCACAGCCAACAUGGCCAUCCUGGAAGCCAUGCCGGAGAACUCCAAAGCAAUCCACAUCAUUGAUUUUGAUACCAGAGAAGGCAUCCAAUGGCCUUCCUUGUUCGAGGCACUGGGCCAGCGACAAGAAGUACUAGUGAGGCUCACAUUGAUGAAAUGGAAAGCAGGCCAUGGUGGUAGCCCACAAUCGAACUAUGAGGUGACCGAGAGCCGGCUUUGUGAGUAUGCGCGGUCGGUGGGCCUAAGGUUAGAGAUGGAUGAGAUGGACUUGGAAGAAUUAGUGAUGGAGAAGAAAAGGGUUAUGAAAAGAGGAGGGAGGAAUGAAUGGAUGGCCUUCAAUUGUAUGGUGGGUCUUCCACAUAUGGGCAUGGAAAGGAGUAGAAGGGAUGCAUGGGAAUUUAUUAGGAUAGCUAAAGAGCUGAUUACCAUGCGUAAAACUAGCUGUAUUAGUAAUAGGGGCAUCAUAACAUUUGGGAAUGGAGAUGGGGUGGAGAUGGAAAUGAAUGGGGGUUUUGGGUCUUUUUCAGAAGGGUGUAUGAUACAUCUCCACGCAUUGUUUGAAUCAAUGGAGUGGCAUUUCCCUUCACACCUUUCAUUAGCAAGGACAGCUAUGGAGUGUCUCUUUGUAGGGCCUUACGUCUCUUCCCAUGCAUGCUUUCCUACAUGGCAAGAGAUGCAUGAAACAUGUGGCCCUCCAUUGGAGAUGGGAUUUGAAGGGUGUAGAUUGAGCAAAGAGAACUUGAUGGAGGCUAAGGAGAUGGUGAGGGAAUCAGAGAGUCCAUAUGGAGUGAGGUUUGGAGGGGAGAACGAGAAUGAGAUGUUCUUGGAAUGGAGGGGGACACCAUUGGUUAGAGUUUGUGCAUGGAAAUGA